AUGUGCGCUUGCCCGCCUUUACUCAUUAGGAUAUCACUGCUGCUGACAAUAUUUCCCACCAUAGCUACCAAUAUUAUGGAAAUAAUUGUCUAUGGUGUGCAUGCGAAAGACGAACACCAUGAGAUUGCCGCCAACUUAAACCUAAUAGCCUGCUUCAUUGCACUUAUAACAUUGAUAUUUGGAAUUUAUGGAACGAUUAUGAAAACACUCUUUGUAAUUAGAAUGCAGAUGUUCAUACUGAUAUCAUUCUGCUUAGUUAAGAUAGUCAUGUGGAUAGUGUGUAAGAAUCUGUCCCCACAUUUAGCUGCCAACCUCGCCCACGUAUGGUUCCAGCUCAACACAGUCUUAUCGAUAGUGUGUGCGGUUUUGACAGUUCUGUUUUGUAUGCGGCUGCAUGAGCAAACUCGAGAGUUUCAACUGGGCUUUUAGACUA